AUGGAAGAGAGACUCUCAGAGGAGAAAACCUAUGGUGGCUUUGAUGGCCAUGAUGCUACUAUGUAUAUGAGAUUAAUAUCUUCUGAUGGUCAUGAAUUUAUUGUAAAAAGAGAACAUGCAUUAACAUCAGGAACAAUAAAGGCCAUGCUGAGUGGUCCAGGUCAGUUUGCGGAGAAUGAAACCAACGAGGUCAAUUUUAGAGAGAUCCCUUCACAUGUGCUAUCAAAAGUGUGUGUGUAUUUUAUCUACAAGGUCCACUAUACUAACAGCUCUACUGAAAUUCCUGAAUUUCCAGCUGCACCUGAAACUUCAUUGGAACUUCUGAUGGCCACAAACUUCCCAGAUUGUUAA